AUGUGCGGAAUCGAGAACAACUCAAAGGUCAUGGAUGCAUUCCCGGUCAGCUGUGUGUUGUUGAGCUCGCUUUCUUUGAAAAUACCGGCUGGGACUGGGCCAAACUUCCGCAUAGAAAGGAAGGAGAUCCAUUACGGCUUAUGUGAUGUGACCCCAAUAAAGAAAAUCAAAAUCGUUAUGACCGAAAAUGACUUAUCUGGCGCUUUGCCCUCUGCAAGAGACAGUCGUUCAUUAGAAACACAAGCUAAAAAAGGACCAAAACACACACUGACGGUCCUGAAGAUUUUUUGUCGUAACUGGAAUCAAGUCGCAGAAUCGCGCGCUAAGCGUUCAGGGACCAGAAAUAACGAGAAGACAAUAACACUUGUGCUUGUGACUUUUAAAGUAGUGAUAGCUCAGCUACCUAUUUUCGGCACUUUGGCAGUCUGGCCAAUCUAUAAUAGAGACAUUUGCGGUCUAAGGCAGAAGGGCGGGAAGGGUGCAUUUUAG